AAAUAAUAAUAAAAUGGAAUUGACGUUGCUCGAUUUGCCCCUUCCGUUGACAUCAUAUUAAAAUUGUGGUCGUACAAGUUGGCAGGACCGUGUCACUAAUCCAACAUAUUAACAAAAAUAUAAUCCUAAUAUCCCGUCCAAUUAAAAACCCUCCCUCAAAGUUAUUAUCAUUUCUAACGUCAAAUAAUUGUGAUAAACAAAACAGAUAAGAAAUUAGCAAAAAAAAAAAGCUAAAAUACUUGAUUUUUGUGUGAAUUUAUAUAUUGUUGGGUGAUCAGGUGUGUCAAAUACAAAAAAAUAGAAAGUAGACACUUGAUAUUUUUUUGUUGAUUUAUUUAACGGUUAUAUUAUAAUUUUAAUAAUAUAAACAUUAAUCAUGGAUGAAGAAUAUGACGCUAUUGUACUUGGUACCGGUCUUAAAGAAUGCAUUCUUUCUGGUAUGCUAUCAGUUAGUGGAAAAAAAGUACUUCAUGUUGAUCGCAACAAGUACUAUGGAGGCGAAUCAGCAUCAAUUACGCCACUUGAAGAUUUUUUUGCGAACUUUAAAGCACCACCACCGGACAAGAUGUACGGACGUGGACGUGAUUGGAAUGUUGAUUUAAUUCCAAAAUUUCUCAUGGCCAAUGGAUCACUUGUUAAACUAUUAAUCCAUACUGGUGUAACACGUUACUUGGAAUUCAAGUCAAUUGAAGGUUCAUAUGUUUAUAAAUCUGGUAAAAUAUCAAAAGUACCAAUUGAUCAACAAGAAGCAUUGUCAAGUGAUUUAAUGGGUCUAUUUGAAAAAAGACGUUUUCGUAAUUUCUUAACAUGGGUACAAAAUAUGCAAGAAGAUGAUCCAAAAACUUGGGAUGGUUUUGAUCCAUUUGCAAAAUCAAUGAGUGAACUUUAUCAGAAAUUUAGUCUUGAGGCUAAUACACAAGAUUUUACUGGUCAUGCUCUUGCUCUUCAUAGAAAUGAUGAGUAUAUAACUCAACCAGCUGUUAAUACUGUACGACGUAUUAAAUUGUACAGUGAGAGUUUAGCUCGUUAUGGUAAAUCACCAUAUUUAUAUCCAAUGUAUGGACUUGGUGAAUUACCACAAGGUUUUGCAAGGCUCAGUGCUAUUUAUGGUGGUACUUAUAUGCUUGACAAACCCAUUGAUGAAAUUGUCUUUGAAAAUGGAAAGAUAAUUGGUGUACGUUCAGGUGAAGAAAUAGCUAAAUGCAAACAAGUUUUUUGUGAUCCAACAUAUAUACCAGAUCGUGUUAAAAAAGUUGGACAAGUUAUACGUGCAAUUUGUAUACUUAAUCAUCCAAUUCCAAAUACAAAUGAUGCAUUAUCAACACAAAUAAUCAUUCCUCAAAAACAAGUUAAUCGUAAAUCUGAUAUUUAUGUAUCACUUGUAUCACAUACACAUCAAGUUGCUGCUAAGGGUUGGUUUAUUGCAAUGGUAUCAACAACUGUUGAAACAAGUAAUCCAGAAUUAGAAAUAAAACCAGGCUUAGAUUUAUUGGGACCAAUUGCACAAAAAUUUGUAUCUGUUACUGAUUUUAUGGAACCAACUGAUGAUGGUAUGGAUUCACAAUUAUUCAUAUCAACAAGUUAUGAUGCAACAUCACAUUUUGAAACAACAUGUAUGGAUGUACUCAAUUUAUUUAAACGUGCAACUGGUGAAGAAUUUGAUUUUAAUAAAGUUAAACAAGAACUUGGUGAUGAUGAACAGUAAGUAUUCAUCAUAAAUUAUCAUCGUGUUUAAUUGCCUAUUAAAUUAAUAUCAUUGUCAAAUUCUUUUUUCAUCAAAAAAAAAACAUAAAUAAACAACAAGAAAUGUAUAUUUUAAUUACCAACAUGUCAAUGUAUUUGAUCAAAUUCAAUGAGGCUCAUGAUUAAAAAAUAAUUUAAG